CCGAAGGAUGUUGCAAAUGUGCUACCAGAUGAAGACAGUCGUCUACAUCGCAAACAGCCAUCGACUUCAAAUAACGACAGCGGCUUGAGCGCGCCACUGUCGGGAGCUACAGCCUCCGCUAAAGAUCGCCGGAAAAGGAAGCAAAAGAAGGGCCGAUCAAAGGCGCACACUUCAACGGGUGAGCUCUGGGAGUUGCAGCAAGUAGUCCAGUUGCUAAAGCAGAGCAACGGACAGCUACAUGAGCGGUUGUCAGGCUUGGAACAGUUGCAAAAGGAAGCAAAAGAAGGGCCGAUCAAAGGCGCACACUUCAACGGGCGAGCUCUGGGAGUUGCAGCAAGUAGUCCAGUUGCUAAAGCAGAACAACGGACAGCUACAUGA